AAUGUGUUUUGUGUUAUUCUGUCUGAGCAGGUAUUUGUGAUGAUAUAUCUUGAGAAGAUCUUUCCGACGCAACAAGAAUCGCUUCAAUCGGAGCAAGAACGCGAAAGCUAUGAAGAUUCAAAGUUCAUGAGCUUGCGUUACAAUUGCGGCGGUUACAAAGUGAAGUUGUGGGGUGACUCUAUAUGGAGUUGGGACCUUUGGGGGUUGGGGAAAUUUGUCACUCUACUGUAACAGCUGCAAAUUGGUUGGGAACAACCAAGCUAGGUUGGCAAGGGUGGCCAACUUGGAUGGAUUGGUUGGGAAGGGACAAAUGUCAAAAUUGGGGUUCCUAUAGGGAGGGAAUCUUUGUGCUUAUGGGGUUUCCUUGGUUGGGGACUCUCUUGGGACCUUCCCUCUCGUCCCUCUCUUUCUAUCCCAACCUUUUCUCUUGCUCCUCUAAUUCCUUGUGAGAUUCUUGAAUUUUGAUUGAACUUUUGAGAUUGAGUUAAGUUCUCCUCCUACAGCUUACCCCUCAGUGCGUCGAAAGACAUAGCGUCGCGAAUACUUCAUCAAUCGACGUGAUUCAAAUUGAGAACGGUAGCUAAGAUUGCGAGCUACAACAUAUCCGAGUUUUGCGACAUUCCAACGGCUAGGUUUUCGUCGACGUCGUUUCUUGUGAAGACGACUUUUCUGUCCAGAAUUUCGGAUAUAUAUUUUGAGUAAUUCUAGCUCCUAAGUUCACGUAGACUCCGUCCUUAAUCCUAACAAGUGGUAUCAGAGCCAUAUUGAGGACAUUGAGAAGAGUCUACAGAAGUGUGAAGACCCUUCUAGACCCACCAUGGCCUGUGGGCGUGCCUAAGUGGUGUUCUAAAGGUUGGAUGUGACUUCCGCUAAGGGGAAACUCUGCCGAAAUUUCGUGGACGCCGACACUUGUGAAAAUAUCGAGGGAGCUGAGUCUGGACAGCAAAGGGGGAGCUGAAAUUCGUCAUUUCUCAAGGAGAAGAUGAAUGAGAGAGGAGGAGAUGCUAAUGGAAGAGGAGCUGUACCUGAGAAGCCAAGUGAGCCGCCGCCAUCAAAAGUUGAAGCUUUGGAUGGCUCCAACUAUGAGGAAUGGAGCGGACGGAUGAGGAGUGCCUUCAAACGCUACAAGCUACUGAAGAUUGCUGUUGGGGAAGAGAAGAUGCCGGAAGAAGGCGAAGCACGCGAACGGUGGAUUGAGAAAAGCGUGGUGCUUUUCGACCUCAUGCUUCAAUCGGUCAACAAGGAGAUGUUCGAGCACAUCAAGGAUCUUGUGGAAGCGGAUGAUUCGGGUCCAAGGGCGUGGAAACUACUACGCGAUGUGAUUCAGCCCAACACUCUCCCGAUGGUGAUCGUGCUCAAGAAGGAACUUGCUGCCAUCUCCAUGCGACCAGGGGACGAUGUGAAGCCGGUCCUUGACAAGAUCAAGGACACCUAUGCAAGGAUGGCAGCAGCGGGAAGCAGUGUAUCUCAGCUGCAGCAGUGCACCAAGAUCAUCUCGGUGUUGGACAACUCUUGGGACAACCUCAUCCCCACCCUCAACUCUCAGCAAGAUCAAUGGACACCUGAGUGGCUAAGGCAGCAGAUUCUGCAGGAGGACUUCCGCAGACGCCAUGUGGGAGGCGGUGCUGCCACUAAGACUGCUGAGGGGUAUGGAGCUGCAGGGCGCGGCAGAGGAAGAGGGGGUUGGAGAGGCCGAGGCCGUGGGAGGAGCUUUGGCAGAGGUAGAGGCCGAGGUGACUAUAAUGAGGGGCAUGGGAGCUCUGGUGGCAGGGGGAGUACCAGAAUGGAGGGCACCUGCUGGUACUGCAAGAAGGUCGGGCAUCCUUGGUUCAAGUGCUUCAGCAGGCCGGAGGGAUGGGCACCUCCAGGCAUGAAGCCGCCCAGUGGUGAACGCGCACAAGGUGGCGCUGUGCAAGGCUCAGGUGCACAAGGUGAAGGUGCACAAGGUAAUGCCUAUCCUGGUUUGUUUCUUAUGGUUGAGGAUGUGCAUGGGCAUGAGGGUGAUGUUGGAUCAGUGGGAAAGGUUGUGAUGCACCCUCUCACACACUGGGUGAUUGAUUCGGGUUGCACCAGUCACAUGACCCCACGGGCAGAUUUGCUUGAUGAGGUAAAACCCCCUGGGAAGAUCAAGUAUGUGGCAGCAGCGUCAGGUGCUUUGCUCCCCGUGAUUGGUGUUGGGAAUGCCAAGGUUAAGGGAGCUAAUGGGGAGCUUGUGGGGCUUGGGAAUGUUCUGUUGGUUGAAGGUUUGUCUGCUAACCUUCUCUCUGUGCGGCGACUGCAAAAGAGCAAGGCCGAGGUGACCUUUGGACCAACCAGCUGCCGUGCUAAGCUUGGGAAGAAGGUGCUGUGGAGUCUGGAAGAGGAGACCAGCUGCAUCAAGGACCUAUGGCAGCUGCCCAUCAUCCCUUGGAAUGGGAAGACUCCAACAAGAGCAACGGUAGCAACGGCAAAGGCAACAGCAGGAGGAGAUGCAACUGCACCAACUGAUGGGGUCCUGGAAGCAGUCAAGAAAGUGCAGCAGCAGCAGACACAUGGUGAGGUGCUUGCUGGUGUGGAUGCGAGUGCGGCAUGGGCUAAGGCUUCAUCAAGGAGUGGUGAGGCCGAUUGGGAGACAUGGCAUGAGAGGCUGUGUCAUGUAAACUUCCCUAUGCUGCAGAAGUUGGUGAAGGAUGGGAGCCUGAAAGGCUUGGAGGUGAAAGGGGGAGUGAAGGAGAUUGGGAGCUGCCCUACAUGCUUGGAGACCAAGUUCUCCAAAUUCCUCUUCAACAGCACUACAGGACCAGCCAAGACCCCACUUGCACUUGUGCACAUGGAUGUGGUGGGGCCCACAAGAGCCCCUUCCCUCUCAGGCAGCCGCUAUUUCUUGACAAUUGUGGAUGACCACACUCGGGCAGUGUGGGUUUACCCUUUGAAGAGCAAGGGGGAGGUGGCAGCGGCUGUCCUUAAGGAGUGGAUGCCUAGAGCUCAGAGGGAAUGCGGACACAAGGUGAAGGUGAUCCGCAGUGAUAAUGGUGGGGAGUUCAUUGGAGCUGAUUUUGAGGGGGAGUUGAAGAGGAAGGGGAUCCAACAUCAACUGACAGUGCCCUACAACCCGCAGCAGAAUGGCGUGGCUGAGAGGUUCAACAGGACUCUGCAGGAGGGGGCACGCACUCUCCUUGGGCGUGCAGGGCUGCCUGAUCCGUUUUGGGUGUCUGCACUAAGGCAGGUCGCCCUUGUGAAGAACAGGGUGCUGGCUACAGUUGGGGAUAAGGAGUGGAUCCCAUAUGUCAAGUGGUAUGGGAGUGCUCCAGUUGUGAACAUGCUGAGGGCAUUUGGGUGCAUGGUGGUGUUUCAUGUGCCUAAGGAGAAAAGGGGGAAGUUGGAGGCUUCUGGAAGAUGGGGUGUGCACUUGGGGAUUGCAAAGGAUCACAAAGCAUGGUUGCUAUGGGACUUGACCACCCAGAAGUUGACAGUGUCAAGGGAUGUGAAGUUUCUUGAGUCCCUGUACUACAAGGAAUGGAAGCAGCAGCAACAGAAGCUUCCAUCUACACCGCUCAUUGUGGAGGCAGAUGAGGUGCAGCAGCCUUCAAGACAGGUGGAGGUUGCAGUGUCAGAGGAGGAGAUGUCUGGGGUGACUGAGGAAGGGGGAGCAGCUGAAGUAGAGCAGCAGCAGCAGCAGCACCAGCAGCAUGAGUCUCCACCUCGAGUUCCACACCCGCCUGAGCGUCCUAGGAGGGAUGUGCGCCCUCCAGUGAGGCUGACCUAUGGGGGAAGAGGCAAGCCGAAUGUGGUGCAGGCUGGGAGUGUGGUUGAGCAGAUUGAGGAAGAUGAGAUUGCAUUAUGCUAUUGGGCUGCAAUUCCUCAGCCCAAGGUACUGACGCUAGCUUCAACUCAGUGAAAGCGGAUGGCACCAGCAUUGGGGGUUAUGUGUGCUUGCUAGGAGGUGGUGCUGUGAGCUGGCGCAGCAAGAAGCAGAAUGAGGUGGGAUUGUCCUCAUGUGAGACUGAGUACAUGGCCUUACACCAUGGGGCCAAGGAAGUUGUGUGGCUGAGGCGUUUGUUGGAGGAGUUGGGAGUUGGUCAGGAGGAGCCGACAGUUGUGUUCUGUGACAAUGAGUCUGCUGUGAAGCUCGCCAAGAAUGCUUGUCUGCAUGGGCUGAGAAAACACAUAAGGCAUAAGUGGCAUUGGGUGAGGAGACUCCUUGAUAAGGAGGUGCGGCUGGAGAUAGUGAAGACCCAUCAGCAGGCAGCAGAUAUUUUCACCAAGCGUCUGGCGGAGGCGGAUCAUUGGAAGGGCAUGAAGCUUGCUGGGAUGAGUGUGCAUUGAGUAUGCAUGCUUGAGAUGUUGGUAUGGUGGAUGAUGGUUGGCAACCAGAGGGGGAGAUUGUUGUGUGAUGUCAUCAUAUGCUAUCACAUUCUGUCUGCCUCUCAUCUCUUGUUUCAAUUCGUAUGUAUGGUUUGACUGUGUGUGAAAGAAUUUGUGUGUGGUGUGUUCUGGAGUUUGGGAAUGUGUUUUGUGUUAUUCUGUCUGAGCAGGUAUUUGUGAUGAUAUAUCUUGAGAAGAUCUUUCCGACGCAACAAGAAUCGCUUCAAUCGGAGCAAGAACGCGAAAGCUAUGAAGAUUCAAAGUUCAUGAGCUUGCGUUACAAUUGCGGCGGUUACAAAGUGAAGUUGUGGGGUGACUCUAUAUGGAGUUGGGACCUUUGGGGGUUGGGGAAAUUUGUCACUCUACUGUAACAGCUGCAAAUUGGUUGGGAACAACCAAGCUAGGUUGGCAAGGGUGGCCAACUUGGAUGGAUUGGUUGGGAAGGGACAAAUGUCAAAAUUGGGGUUCCUAUAGGGAGGGAAUCUUUGUGCUUAUGGGGUUUCCUUGGUUGGGGACUCUCUUGGGACCUUCCCUCUCGUCCCUCUCUUUCUAUCCCAACCUUUUCUCUUGCUCCUCUAAUUCCUUGUGAGAUUCUUGAAUUUUGAUUGAACUUUUGAGAUUGAGUUAAGUUCUCCUCCUACAGCUUACCCCUCAGUGCGUCGAAAGACAUAGCGUCGCGAAUACUUCAUCAAUCGACGUGAUUCAAAUUGAGAACGGUAGCUAAGAUUGCGAGCUACAACAUAUCCGAGUUUCGCGACAUUCCAACGGCUAGUUUUUUGUCGACGUCGUUUCUUGUGAAGACGACUUUUCUGUCCAGAAUUUCGGAUAUAUAUUUUGAGUAAUUCUAGCUCCUAAGUUCACGUAGACUCCGUCCUUAAUCCUAACAGCCUGCACAUCCCUUCGUUCUCCUGGAACCUAGCUGGUGUCAACUGUCUUAGGACCUCGGCAUCACCACUACGUUCCCUGGUUACGAGCGGUACACUGUCUGUACCGAGGCCACCUCAGGUUCCCCCCUUGCGACGUUCCCCCGGGACCCAUCUCUGGCUUGUUUAUGCUGGACACUGCUUUCCCCCCGUUUGGGGCAUCCUGCGUGAGCCCUGCGUCUACACAGGUCGCCGCUGCUUGUUCGUGUCAAUUGCUCACUCACCCAUUGUUGUUGUGGCACCACCGCCUAGGACACCUCGCACUCCCGCGUCUGCGUCACAUGUCCCAGCACGAUCUCGUCCUAGGUCUCCCUUCGUCGCAUCCUGCCCUCCCUCCCUGCCCUACGCUGCCGUGCACGCCACCCUGCACCUGGACGUGUGGGGCCCAGCCUCCGUCCCUGGACCGCGUAGCGAGCGCUACAUUCUAGUGCUCAUUGACGACUACUCGCGCUACACCACGGUUUCUUCCUUGGAGCGGAAGGCUGACAUGCCUGACGUUCUUAUCCCAUGGGUCAUAGCUGCGCGCCUCCACCGCGGUCUCCCUGUGCAAUGUCUCCACUCCGACCGUAGCGGCGAGUUUGCCUCUGGUCGGCUUGGACAGGUGUGUCGUGCGGAGGGCAUCACCCAAUCGUACACCCUAGCACACAGAUGCUUCUUGGGCAGACGACGCUGGGACCCUCAGGUCUUUCCAGGGCUACUGCUUUAGCCUUGGUUCGGGUGCCAUCUCGUGGAGGUCCACUCGUUCCUCGUCUGUUGCCCAUUCUAGCUGUGAGGUUGAGAUCUACGCCGGUGCCAUGGCGGCACAGGAGCUCCGCUCGCUGACCUUCUUGCUCACUGACUUAGGUGAGCGGCCUAGCUCUGCCCUGGUUCUGUACGCUGACAACAGGGUCAUGAUCCUCCUGUGUCAGGAGCCUCGACUUGUGGGCAGAGCAAAGCACAUCCAGCUGCGGUACUUCCUCCUGCGCGAGCUGCAGCAGCGUCGCCAGGCCCGCGUAGUACACUUGGCCUCCGGUGCCAACACAACUGAUGUCUUUAUACAGGCACUUGCACCUAAAGAUCAUCAGCGGCAUUGUUUGCAGCUUGGUCUAGUUCCUGUAGAUUCUCACUUGCUAGGACCUUGAUUGUGUACUACUCUUUAUAUAUACCUUCCAGACUGGCCUUGUGGCUUCUCUUCCAGUGGCCGGACUAGUAGUGCCGCCCUGGUUUGCUCUUGUCUUGUUUGUACUCUUGCUGACUGGUCUUCGAGCCCCUGCCUCAGAGGUUGGACUAGUAGUGCCACUCUGAGCUGCAUGUUUCUUGCUCAGCACUGCCCCUUAUCUAG